AUGGGACAAAAGGUCAACCCGAUUGGGCUCCGCUUGGGGAUCAAUCAGUCGUGGCGCAGCAAGUGGUACGUCGACCCGCGCGAAUACGCGGCGACGCUGCACGAGGAUCUGGCGCUGCGCAAGACGAUCGACUCGGCAUCGGAGACCCGCGGUGCCGAUAUCGCUCAGGUGGAGAUCAUCCGGCAUCCGCAGCGCAUCGCUCUCAUCAUCCACACCGGUCGUCCCGGCGUGGUGAUCGGCGCCAAGGGCCAGAACAUCGAGAGUCUGGGCGCGAAGCUGCAGCGUCAGGUGGGCAAGAAGAUCCAAAUCAAGAUCAAGGAAAUCCAGCGGCCGGAAACCAACGCGCAGUUGAUCGCGAUGAACAUCGCACGCCAGUUGCGCGGACGGGCUUCGUUCCGGCGGGCUAUGAAGAUGGCGAUCAACAACGCGAUGCGCGCCGGCGUGCAGGGGGUCAAGAUCCGCGUCGCCGGGCGGCUGAACGGCGCGGAGAUGUCGCGGGUGCAGCAGUACAAGGAGGGACGGAUCCCGCUCCACACCUUCCGAGCCGACAUCGACUACGGCUUUACCUUGGCCGUGACCACCGUCGGCUCGUUGGGCAUCAAGGUAUGGGUCUUUCACGGCGAGGUGUUCGGGCGCGACAAGAAGGACGACGCCGGCCUGCUGCUGAAGCGGCAGCGCAGCCGCGAGGAGGCGGCGUAA